AUGUACAGGCCCAGAAUAGUACCACAGAGAUCAUGGCCAAUAUGGAUGGUAAUCCUCAUUUUUCUUGGAGUGGUUGCAAGCUUGGGAAUCACUAUUGGUCUCCUCGUUCAUUUCCUGGCAGUUGGAAAGCUACACUAUUAUGAAGGUGUUUUUCAUAUUUCUGGAGCCACAUACAAUGAUACCUGUGAAAAUGUAGCUUCACAAGCCAGUACAAAUCUGAGCAAAGAUAUUGAGACUAAGAUGUCAGAUGCAUUUCAAAAUUCUAGUAUAUAUAAAGAAUAUGUCGACUCUCAGGUCAUCAAACUUCUGCCCAACACCAAUGGCUCCAGUGUACAGUUACGUCUGACCUUCAAGUUUCCUCCAGCAAAGAGGGGUAGCAUGAGGACUGAAAUCCUGGCCAUCUUACAUCAGAUGUUGAGAGGCAACGUGGCAUCCUGGAAUGCAGUUCCUGCUUCCAUUGGACUUAUGGAAAUCAGCAAGGCUAAUUCUGAAAUGCUUGUCAACAACUGUUGUGGGAGACGACUGAGCAGCAGUAUCACAGCUGGCAACCGAAUUGUGAAUGGGAAGAAUGCCCUGGCAGGGGCUUGGCCAUGGCAGGCCAGCAUGCAAUGGAAAGGCCACCACAACUGUGGAGCCUCUCUGAUCAGCAGCAGGUGGCUCUUAUCAGCAGCUCACUGCUUUGCUAGGAAAAAUAACACACAGGAUUGGACUGUCAACUUUGGAAAUAUUGUAAAUAAGCCAUAUAUGACACGGAAAGUCCAAAACAUUAUUUUGCAUGAAAAUUAUAGCAGUCCCGGGGUCCAUGAUGAUAUUGCUCUUGUGCAGCUUGCUGAAGGAGUCUCUUUUACAAAGUACGUUCGUAGGAUCUGCCUUCCCGAAGCCAAAAUGAAACUCUCAGACAACGACAGUGUCGUAGUUACAGGAUGGGGAUCACUUCAUAUGUUUGGUGCUUUCCCAGAGACACUUCAACAAGCAUUUGUGAAAAUUAUUGACAACAAAAUUUGCAAUGCCCCAUAUGCAUUAUCUGGCUUUGUGACUGAAACAAUGCUGUGUGCUGGUUACAUGUCUGGAGAAGCUGACGCCUGUCAGAAUGAUUCUGGUGGACCGCUAGCUUACCCUGACUCCAGAAAUAUUUGGCAUCUUGUUGGAAUAGUUAGCUGGGGUGAUGGUUGUGGGAAAAAGAAUAAGCCAGGUGUCUACACACGAGUGACCUCUUAUCGUGACUGGAUUACCUCCAAGACUGGACUCUAA